AUGAUUUUGGGCUACUCAGCAUUGGGGAAACUUCAGGUUUGGUUCCAAAAUCGUCGUGCGAAGUGGAAAAAACGCAAGAAAACGACCAACGUUUUCCGCAAUCCAGGCGCCCUCCUCCCCUCUCACUCCCUGCCACCUUUCGGAUCCAUGGGCGAGGGAUUCUGUUCCUUCGCGACCACGGCCGACACGCGGUGGCCCAUGUCCCAGAUGGGAUCACCGGGUCUUCCCCUGGGACCUUCCUUGUCGAGGCAACCUGCACUCGCACAGUCCCUGUCACAGCACAGCGCAGCAGCGGCCGCGGCAGCCAUGGGAGGCAUGAAUCAGACUCCCAAUUACCUAUCCAACUACAACCAUUUCGGCGGUGGGAAUGGCACUACAGCGGGUAUGUGGACCGAUCGAUGGCAGGACGGGAGUUUCUAAACAGAAGAAAGCCAGGAACUUAUGCCAGAAGUAUAUGGCUGUGCAGGUGUCGUCUCAGCUGGUCCCCACCAACUCAUUACCCUCCAUAACGACGAGCGCCUGCUCCUCUAUGUACCAGUCGCCGUACGGGAGCCUCAACUCCGUUCCUCC